CAGACGUUCACAGAAUGCCUUAUCUUACAAAACUCCUUUUGUUCUUGUUUUGCCUGAUGGUUCUUGUGGACAGCGGAAAGCUCAGGAGGAGGAGAGGGGCAGGGCAGCUGGCAAUGCCCCAGCCAAGCCACCUUUCCAAGAAGAACCUCGACGGGACCAAAAUGCGGAAAGGGGAGGCUCGGCCGCUCCUCAGGGUGGAGGACCACGAUUUCACCAUGAGGCCGGCCUUUGGAGGCCCUGCUAUCCCGGUGGGUGUGGACGUGCAGGUGGAGAGCUUGGACAGUAUCUCGGAGGUGGACAUGGACUUCACCAUGACCCUGUACCUGCGGCAUUACUGGAAGGACGAGAGGCUGUCCUUCCCCAGCACCAGCAACAAGAGCAUGACCUUUGACGGCCGGCUGGUGAAGAAGAUCUGGGUCCCUGACGUCUUCUUUGUCCACUCCAAAAGGUCGUUCACCCACGACACCACCACGGAGAACAUCAUGCUGCGGGUGUUCCCGGAUGGGCAGGUGCUAUACAGCAUGAGGAUUACGGUCACUGCCAUGUGCAAUAUGGACUUCAGCCACUUUCCCCUGGACUCCCAGACCUGUUCCUUGGAGCUGGAGAGUUAUGCAUAUACAGAUGAAGAUCUGAUGCUGUACUGGAAGAAUGGGGACGAAUCCCUGAAAACAGAUGAGAAGAUCUCCCUGUCUCAGUUUCUAAUUCAGAAAUUUCACACCACCUCCAGGCUGGCCUUCUACAGCAGCACCGGCUGGUACAACCGUCUGUACAUCAACUUCACGUUGCGUCGCCACAUCUUCUUCUUCUUGCUCCAGACCUAUUUCCCUGCCACCCUGAUGGUCAUGCUGUCCUGGGUGUCUUUCUGGAUUGACCGCAGAGCUGUGCCUGCCAGAGUGUCACUGGGUAUCACCACGGUGCUGACCAUGUCCACCAUCAUCACGGGCGUGAACGCCUCCAUGCCCCGUGUCUCCUACAUCAAGGCCGUGGACAUCUACCUCUGGGUCAGCUUUGUGUUCGUGUUCCUCUCGGUGCUGGAGUACGCGGCCGUCAACUACCUGACCACCGUGCAGGAGCGGAAGGAGCGGAAGCUGCGGGAGAAGUUCCCAUGUGUGUGUGGAAUGCUUCCCUCAAGAACCAUGAUGCUGGACGGAAGCUACAGUGAGUCUGAGGCCAACAGCUUGGCUGGGUACCCGAGGAGCCACAUUCUGACAGAGGAAGAGAGGCAAGACAAAAUAGUGGUCCACCUGGCCCUGAGCAAUGAAUCCAAUUCCUCCAGGAAGAAGGGGCUUCUGAAGGGCCAGAUGGGUCUUCGCAUCUUCCAGAACACCCACGCCAUUGACAAAUACUCCAGGUUGAUAUUCCCUGCCUCCUACAUAUUUUUCAACCUAAUUUAUUGGUCAGUAUUUUCCUAGGGGCUCCAAGGCUGUGCCUGGGAAAGGGCCUGGACAUCUAUGGGGCCUGACCAGCCAUCUACAUGGAUCUGCUGACCACAUUCCCUUCAGCAAACAGAGCAGUAGCCCCUGAACUCCCGUGAGCAGCGCCCCCUUCUGGAGGAGCCCAGGAGCCCUCCAGCUGCCCUUCCCAACCUCAUGGAUUUGCCCCUCAUUCAUGCUGUGCUGUGUCCCACAUCAUGUCUCUCAGUUCUUGUGUGUGAACAGGUUAUGAGAGCCCCCUCCUAUAAAAAAGGACUCAAAUGCCUUCCAGAUGUUCUGAGACCCCCUAUGAAGCCUGGGACUCAGUUGUGAAGGCAAAGGGGAAAAUGAAGGGCAGGCUUAGGGGCAUUCUGGAUAGGAAAUGGGAAAUUAGGAUUCAAAAUAGGAACAAAACAUCUGUAAACCCAUACAACCGGAUUAAGUGCCUCCCUGAGAAAGAAAAUAAGCUCAAAUCCCAGACAAGAAAUAAGUUGACCUGUGUGAGUCUGGCAACUGACAUGAUUUUGCAAUAUUAGGGGACAUUACUCAUUCAUCCCUCAAUUCAAUCAUUUAUUAAAUCUUGAAUGCCACAUGCUGUGGAAAUGAACAACUAGUGGUUCUCAACCUUCUGGCCCUUUAAAUACAGUUCCUCAUGUU